UUGUACACUAUAAAGAAGAGAUUUUAUGCUCACAGUUGCAUACUUGCAUUUAUCUGGCUUUUCUACAUCAAAGGUUGAUAAACCUGUUCUUUGCUUUGAGAGUUCCAUUAUAACCAAUCAUCAUACUGGACAGAGCGCAAUUCCUGGGUCCCAGGAUGCCAGCCGGGCAGCCUAUCCCAUCCCCCAUGGACAGAGAUCAUGGAAUUGCGCGACACACCCCUUACAUGGGACAGCCAGACUACCGUAUCCAUGAGCUUAACAAACGCCUGCAACAACGGACAGAGGACAGUGAUAACUUAUGGUGGGAUGCCUUCACUACCGAAUUCUUUGAGGAUGAUGCCAACUUGACCUUGUCUUUUUAUCUAGAAGAUGGACCUAAACGAUACACCAUUGGUAGGACACUGAUACCUCGUUACUUUAGAAGUAUAUUUGAGGGUGGAGUGACUGACUUGUACUAUAUCCUGAAAUAUCCCAAGGAAUCCUUCCAUAAUACAUCUAUCACUCUUGACUGCGACCAGGCUACCAUGGUUACACAUCAUGGCAAACCCAUGUUCACUAAGGUGGUGACUGAAGGACGGCUAAUCCUGGAAUUCACAUUUGAUGAUCUGAUGCGUAUACGAUCCUGGCAUUUUCAAGUGCGGCAACACAGAGAGCUCAUCCCACGAAGUGUAAUAGCCAUGCAGCAAGACCCUGCCAUGGUGGAACAGCUGUCUAAAAACAUCACAAGACAGGGCCUUACCAACUACACACUUAACUUUCUACGGCUGUGUGUAAUAUUGGAGCCUAUGCAGGAGCUGAUGUCUAGACACAAGGCUUAUGGUUUGAACCCACGCGACUGCCUGAAAACCACUCUGUUUCAAAAGUGGCAGAGAAUGGUGGCACCCCCUGGCAAAGGAAAGCCAGAUACUGCGAGACAGCCAGGCAAAAGAAAGAGAAGAAAGGCAUCAGCCAGUAGUGCUGGAGGGGGCAUGAACAGCACCACACCACCUGCAGGCAAGAAACGCUCACCAGGGCCUCAGGGCAUUGGCACAUCAGUCCCGGGGAAUUUGAUGUUACAACAGGAUGUGAUGGUUGUUGGGGAGCCAACUUUGAUGGGGGGCGAGUUUGGUGACGAGGAUGAGAGACUGAUUACAAGACUUGAGAAUUCACAAUUUGAACCGAACAACACGGAAGAGGACUCGAAGGAGUUCCAGAACAGUCCCGCCCUACAGCAUAGUCCCUGGGGGCAGGACAAGAAACCCCCCACCGCUCCCUCAGGGUCAUCAGGGCCACCCAACCCAGAAGAUAAGGUUGAGUAACCCAGAGAAGACCAUCAUCCAUCAGAAAGUUUUCCCAGCAUACAAUUUUCCAUCAGACAACAUUUUUCCAAUUACUUCAUUAUGAGACAUGAUCAUGACCUUUGACCUCAUCGGUUUUCACAUCUUCAUUUUUGUGAUUGAUAAUCUCCGAGCUUGUCAUUAUCUUUCACUUUAUAAUAAAUGACCUUUGACCCUUAAUUUUGGUGGUCAUUUGGUACAUUUUUUUCUGGGUGAUGUGAAUGUCACUUGAUUUAUGGAUGGACUCGUCAUAUUUGAGUUUUUUGAAACUGGUGGUAAGGAAGAAAGUCUUUAUUGUGAUUAUGAUCAUGUGAUCAAAUACAAUUUAUUUUAGAUCGAUGCAGUUUCACCUUUUCCUAAGAUAUGUGAGCCCCUACACAGAAAUAUUCGUUAGAAAGUUAUUGAUCUGCAGUUACAUCUAGGAAAAUUCAAAUCCAAAUCAUGUUGCCAAAAUUUCAUUGUUAAAAAAUGUUUUCGUAGCAUUAAGAAUUCAAGAAAAGAAGUUGUUUCAAAAGAUGAGAAACAUCCUGAAAAGGAUUUUACUAAGGGAAACGAUCAAUUUUCAGAUGUAAUAGUUAAAAGUUCCAAAGGAUGUAGCCAUCCAGAAAAUAGCAGUUAAAACAAAGAUGUACAUAUCAUGUUGUUUAAAUUAUCGUUAACAACUGAAAAACUUCAUUCUCAACUACUGUUUGAAGAUGCGACCAAACUUCUGAGUGUUACUGUUAUGAUUCCAACUUAUAUCUGUUUCAAUUUUAUAAAUAUUGCCACAUUUAAAAGCUACAAGAUAAAGGCAAUUUAUGAAAAAAAAAACCCAUCAGAGCUUACAAAGUAGUCUGUCACAAUAAACAUCCUUUCUGCCUCCCCAGGACUCCAAACUUGGUUUAAUUUGAUAAUUUGGAAAGAAAUAACGGACAGAAAACCCAAGUAUGGGUAAACAUUACAAAAUGUAUGUAUUGUUGUAUGAAAUAAGAAGCAUGUAUUUAGAAUUUAUAGGGUACGUCAUAAUUGAAAAGAUUAAACAUGUCUUUUGUUGUCCAAUAAAUAUGUUUGAUAGAAUCACUCUGUGUAAAUAACACUGUCUCUUCACCACAGGAAUUUCCUUAAACGUAGUGUAAGGUGUAAGUAAAAUGUAUGUCAAUUUCAUGUAGAGUGCGGGUAUUGGAUUGAGUGAGAAAUAUAAAAUCAGGAUUUAAAAAGUGCUUACUUUAUGAAAAAUCAAACCACUUUUUUCUAAAUAAGGAUUUAAAAUUUUUUUUACCCAGAAAUUAACUUUGUAGUUAAAUAAUUAUUGAUAAAGCUUUACAUUGAGUAUUUGCUUUGUUGCAAGUUGGAAAAAAAAAGUAAUUACAGGUUAAUCUAAUGUAAAGGAAAAAAAUACUCUGUCAAAAACUGCUCAUUUGAAUGUUCAGAUUUGAGACGCCACACUUUAUAAGAUAUGUUAGUCUGUGUACAUGAUCUUUCCUGAUUAAGUUACCCUCUCGAAAGUUUUUACCAUUAUUUUUAAUGCUGUCAUUCGGAACAUUUUCGUGCGACAUCUUUUCAAUGUUAUUUUGUAUUGGUAUAUACAUAAAUUAUCUAUACAUUUAAUUGUCCCUUUUUCUUUUAUAAAUAUACGUUUUCUAUUGUAACAUUUUAAAUUUACAUCUUCUUUCUCCUUUCUAUUUCUAAUAUCAUCAAUUAAUGAUGUUGAA